AUGUUCAAUGAAGAGAUUCCCGUAUGGAGAUCAGCAAUCGCAACGGCUCAUGAUGGUCUGUUACAAAGUCGGCUGCACUUCAUUGGAAUUCAUCGGAACGCACUGGCAAUAGAGCGACUAGACAAAGCCAUCAAAAAGUUGGAAGAAGUCGACGCAGCUACUGAUGAACCCGAUCCUAUUUCUUGCCGUAGCCGAAGAGAAACCGUUUCAGACCUCUCAACUUCAAGAUCGCCCGACGGUCAAGAUUCAGCGGCUAGUAUCAGGACAUGUAUCGAUGCUGAAGGUGUCAUUGAACCAAUGGAAAGCAACAGCGAAGUCACAGUUGAUAUGCCAGAGGAGAGCGAGCCAAAUACUGUGAUAGAAGCGCAGCAAGGCACUAGCGCUUCCACUAAAAAGCCACAUCCAACGAUUGUUAUUACUCAAGAUGACAACUCUCAAUAUGAAACAUUUGAUCCAACAGUUUGCGAUUCCUCUUACCAAUGGCUCCAUCACGAAACCAAGAAGAAUGCCAAUGCAGAUCAGGCGCAAGUCUGCGUCUCAGACUCAUCCAACAGCGGUCUGUUUACGGAACUGACCGACGGCGACAGAAGCAAAGUCGAAUCAGCGAAAUCUGUUCGCUGCGGCUACACGUCAGUGGCCAUUCUUCGAUCACGACUAGAAGCUAAAAUGCAGGGGAAAAGAUUCCGAAGAGUACCGAAACCUACCCGGAUCCCUGCACCGCUCUUGUCACAUGACAGCGCUCGAGGGAACGCAACUCAAAUAGAAGAGCUCCCUGCCAAUAAAGACAUCAUAUCAACCGAGACCAUCUCCUUUGCUGAAACCGCGUCCGGUCAUUAG